AUGCUUCACAAGAUUUUCUCUAAGGCAGCAGCAAACCAUCUCCAGGACUUUGGUAGUGCAAGAGUUCCAUUACUGGCCUUCAAUCAAAUUGGUAGAGAAGAAUACUUCUACAAAUUUGCAGAACUUCUUCACUUCAAUGACUGGAUUGAUGAGGUUAAUGCUGUCAGAAUAUACAUGCUUAAGUGCUACCAAGCCGGUAAUCCACAGGCCAUCUACAUGCGAGGUAUGUAUGAGUACUUCGUCCUCCAUUUACUUGUUCAAGGAAGGGAAAAAAUUCGCCUUGCUGGUGAGAGGGGAAUUUUGUUGGCCAAGUACGUUGAUGAUAUGCCGAACUUAGCAUUUAGUGUUGAUAAUAGAUGA